AAGUGAAUAGAACGAAAAUAGCAUGAGGAGAUGGAUGCACUUUGCCGCCCGCUGUGCUAUUGCCACCGCUCGCUCCGACAACAACCCCAUCCUCCUCCGUCGGCAGAACCAGGCCCUCUCCAAGCUCAUCCAGAGCGGCCGCCUCCAUGAGGCACAGCAGUUCUUUGAUGCCCUCCUCCACCGCAAUGUCAUCACCUGGAACUCCAUGCUUGGUGGCUAUGUCCGCCACCGUGAGCUUGCCCUUGCCCGGAGGCUCUUCGAUGAAAUGCCACAAAGAGAUGUUGUAUCCUACAACUCCAUGCUCUCUGGUUAUGCCCUCUCCAGGGAUGGUGGGGAGCUCAAGGAGGGACGUCGCCUGUUUGAUCAGAUGCCAUUAAAGGAUACUGUGUCGUGGAACACCAUGAUCAGUGGGUAUGCGAGGAAUGGGAGGAUGGAUGAGGCGAUGCACCUCUUUGAUACAAUGCCGGAGAAGAAUGUUAUCUCCUGGAACACUAUGAUCACUGGCUUUCUUGGAGUUGGCGAUGUUAGAAGGGCAACUGAGUUGUUUGAGAGGAUGCCAGUUCGAGAUGCAGCAUCCUUGAAUGCUCUCGUGUCAGGUCUCAUUCGGAAUGGCAGACUUGAAGAGGCUGAAGAAAUUCUCAUUCAGAGUGGGACAAUUAACAAGAUCGAAGGGGCUGUUGAUGCAUAUAACACUAUGAUUGCUGGCUAUGGCCAAAGAGGAAAGGUUGAGGAAGCUCGAAGACUAUUUGAUUUGAUUCCUUACCAACCUUAUCAAGAAAGAAAAGGAGGUGAGGAAAUAAAGAAAACACGUCGCUGCCUCAAAUGUUUCGAGCGGAAUGUGGUGUCAUGGAAUUCUAUGAUCAUGUGUUAUGUGAAAGCUGGGGAUCUUUGUUCGGCAAGAGCUCUCUUUGAUGAAAUGCCUGAAAGAGACUUGUUCUCAUGGAACACGAUGAUCACAGGGUACGUGCAAGCACAGGAGAUGAAAGAGGCACGAUCACUCUUUCAAGAAUUGCCAGAUCCAGAUGCCAGGUCAUGGAAUUUGAUGAUAUGUGGGUUUACUCAGAAAGGUGAGGUCGAACAAGCACGAGAAGUUUUCGAUAGGAUGCCUCAAAAGAGCACUGUUUCUUGGAAUACAAUGAUAGCUGGAUAUGAGCAAAAUGGAGACUAUGAAGGAGCCAUUGAGUUGUUCUCGAAGAUGCGAGUGGUUGGAGAAAAACCGGACCGGCAUACCGUGUCUUCGGUGCUUAGUGCUUGUGCUGGGCUUGCCACACUGCAUUUAGGGACUCAAGUCCACCAGCUUAUUACUAAGACAAUAGUAGCAGACAUUCCGAUAAAUAAUGCCCUCAUUACAAUGUAUGCACGGUGUGGGAAACUGAUGGAUGCAAAGGCUAUUUUUGAUGGAAUGGAAAUGCAGCGAGAUGUUGUCUCAUGGAAUGCAAUGAUUGGAGGCUAUGCACAGCAUGGGCUUGCAAGCGAGGCUCUUGAGCUCUUUGAAGAUAUGAAGAGGAGGAAGACAAGGCCAACCCAUAUAACAUUUACGGCUGUGUUGAAUGCUUGUGGCCAUGCAGGAUUAGUGGAUGAGGGAAGCAGGGAAUUUGAUUCCAUGGUUCAUGAGUUCGAUAUUGUGCCAAGAGUCGAACAUUAUGCUUCACUUGUUGACCUCAUUGGCCGGCACGGGCAGCUUGAAGAUGCGGUCCAAGUGAUCAAUAACAUGACCGUCCCACCAGAUAAGGCGGUAUGGGGAGCCUUGCUUGGUGCUUGUAGGGUUCACAAUAAUGUGGAAUUGGCUCAGGUAGCUGCAAAGGCCUUGGUGGAGAUUGAACCAGAGAGCUCUGCUCCAUAUGUACUCCUGUACAACAUGCAUGCAGAUGAGGGGAGGUGGGAUGAUGCUAUUAAACUGAGGGAAAUGAUGGAUAAACAUAGGGUUUUAAAACAGCCUGGUUAUAGUUGGAUAGAGAUGCAUGACAAUGUUCACAUAUUUGUUUCAGGGGAUAGGUCCCAUCCUCUUUCAAAUGAGAUAUAUUCAUUAUUAGAGAGUAGUAACAGGGUCAUCAGAGACUUGCAGCUUAAUUGAGCUGCAUAGCAAUGUACCACGUUAUACUUAUAAAUGAUUCAUUUUGUAAAAGUAUUUGUAUCCA